UCAGCUGACGGGCGGCAAGACUUCUCGGCUUCACUUCUUCAAGACGUCGAGCGGACAAAUACAAUGUCUGUUAGUAUCCAGCCUGUCCAGUGGACCUCUGACUGCAAGGAUCAAAAUUUUGAUGGCAUUAUCUUGGUAGCCCAAUGUUGUGAUCAGCUCCCUGAUGUGCUGGAGUGUUUAAAAGCACCCUUGCAGGACUACAGUGCAGUGGACAGUGGCUUAGGGGAAGAAGUCGUGGUUGUUAAGGUUCCUGGUCUCCCUGGAAACCGAUUGGUAUUUGCCUCCACUGGUCCAGUGAAUCGGGACUAUGAUGAUGUCAGACGAUUCAGUGAUGCUGGUGCUAAUGGCAUUAAGAGGGCUCUGAAAGCUGGUAUGCAGCGCCCUCUGCUGGUUUGCCCCCAACACAACAGCUAUGCACGAAACACCUUAGCGGCUGUACUGGGAGCCCUGCAAGUUCUCUAUGUGCCUUUAGAGGUGAGGGAACUGAAAUCGCCCCUCCCUAAGGUGGACGUGCUGGGCAUCUGGGUGGAAGAUAAAUCGAAGGGAGCAGACAUUACUGAGCUGGCCACUGCCCUGGAGAGUGGCAGGUUUGUAUAUCGGGAUAUUGGUGGCUCUGACCCAGAACGUAUGGCUGCCCCCCGUGUAGCUGAUUAUGUUCAAACAGUCUUCAAGGACAGUCCUGUAAAAGUGACUGUAGUGAGUGAUUUGAAUACUCUGGAGAAAGAGUAUCCCUGUUUGGCUGCAGUAAACCGCUGUGCUAACACUGUGCCACGUCAUCAGGCCAGAGUGAUCAAGCUGCUGUACUGUGGGGAAGGACCCAUUCAACAGACUCUUAUGGUGGUCGGCAAGGGAAUUACAUAUGACACUGGUGGAGCUGACAUCAAGGCUGGUGGAAUCAUGGCUGGAAUGCACAGAGAUAAAUGUGGAUCUGCUGCUGUUGCUGGCUUCUUCCAGAUCCUAGCCAAACUAAAGCCCAAACACCUCAAGGUUGUGGGUGCAAUGGCAAUGGUGCGGAACAGUGUUGGUUCUGAUUGUUAUGUUGCGGAUGAAUUGGUUGUGUCUCGUGCUGGUCGCAGAGUCCGAGUUGGAAACACUGAUGCUGAAGGAAGAAUGGUCAUGGUUGACUUGCUGUGUGAGAUGAAGGAGCAGGCAUUAAAGGAAGUGUCUCCCCAACUCUUCACAAUCGCCACUCUGACUGGACAUGCCAUCAGAGCCAUGGGACCAAACUACUCCAUCAUAAUGGAUAAUGGUGCUGCUCACCGCUUUGGGAACGCUCUGCAGUGGCAGAAUGCGGGAGAAGUUCUUGGAGAUAUGUUUGAAGUGUCCUCUAUUCGUCGAGAGGAUUACGAGUUCCACAAAGGGAAGUCUGAGUACGAGGAUAUCCUGCAGUCAAAUAACCUCCCCUCUUCUGGCACACCACGUGGACACCAGGCGCCUGCCGCCUUCCUUAUCAUGGCCUCUGGACUAGACAAGCAUGGACUGGACUCUGAUAACCCUCUGCCUUAUUCCCAUAUCGACAUUGCUGGAUCCAGCGGCCCCUUCCCUGGAGUCCCAACAGGUGCUCCUAUCCUUGCCAUGGCAACGAAGUACCUGCAGCUCUAAAUAUCCAUCCAAUAUUUCUUUUCUGUUUUGGUGUUAUACCAGUUCCCUGAUUAAUGACUUUCAUUUCGGUCUUAAUCCGCUACUCCUAUUACACCAUGUUGAAGUAAGGCAGAGAAAUAGUGGCAUUUGCUAGUCAUAUCCAUCAUUGUGAAUUGUCCAUUUUCACCGUUCAGCUUUUCAUCACCUUGAUAACUUUUCAUACAUGCAAAAAUAAAUAUUUUUCACAUCCUGGAAAACUUCUACACUCCUCUGUAGCACACAGACACCCAUCUAAUCCAUUUUUUUGUCCUGUGCAGCUUUUCCAAAUCGACACAAUUACCAAAGUGUUUUAUUUCUCUGUUCUUAAUCUGUAGCCUUAUAGUUUUCUCACAUGUACUGAUAUUAAAGCAACAGAUUGAGUAACAGGAACUUUAUCUAGCAAUAUUGAUGUGAGAAAUAAUACAUAUGUUAAACCAAUUCAUUUUGUGCAAGUAUAGUCCAGACUUUGACAGACAUUUUGGCAAACAAAAUGAACAUAAUGCAUUCUUCUGUUUCCAAAUAUAGCCAUUUAGUCCAGUUGCGUUGUAGCCACCAUAGAGGAAAUGUCUUAGACUUGGUGAUCCCUUUCAGAGUUUCCAACUGAUAAUUUGGGCUUUGUGGUGCUGUUCAAUAAUUCUGACAUGACAUUAGUUUAACAUGUUGCACUUGUUCAUCUAUAAAUUUAUAAAUAACAUUUAAUAUUCAAAUGUCUGAACUUAACAAUUUCAUCAUAUUUGUAGAGAAAAAAAAACAAUGUAAAUUUGAAGAUAUACAGCUUACAACAAAAUGAAGUGUUUAACAAAAAUUCCUUCAGAAAAUGGGCAGGGAAGUAUUAGGGGUCUCUGGUAUCCCAGAGCCAUGAUCUGACAGAGGAUUGAGCAGUGACAUAAUAGAUUUUGAUCAGCUUCAGAAGAUAUGGUUUUAAAUCUGGUUAAUUUAUCACCUUGAACUUGCACACUAAACCAUCUCAAUAUGUUCAGUGGUUUAUUUUUGUGUGUGUGUAUUCCAGUUAUUGUUCGAGUACUUCAGUAAUGUUAUUUUUGGAAUGCUCAAUUUUUUUGAGUGAUCAUGUUUUGAUUUCCUGGUAAUCUUUUUCAAGUGUUCCACUUCAUUUUUUGUUAAAAUGUGUUCAACUUGAGUCACAGGCAGAAAUCAAAAUGUCAUACUUCAAAGAGAAGCCCUUGCACUGAUUGAGCUCUUAAAAAGUUCAACUUUGAGGACAAAAAAAAAACCAAAAUCAAAUAAAUGGAAUACUCUCAAUUAA